CACCUAUUCUUCUCACCAUUCAGCUCUUGCAUCUCAUUUCACAAAGCCCCAACUUGAAAGCAAAUAUGGGUUCUAAAAUCUUUCUACUUCUUGGUCUGUCCAUUGCUUUUGCUCUUCUCAUUAGCUCAGAAGUUGCAGCUAGAGAGUUAGCUGAAACGGCAGCUAAGACUGAGGGCUACAAUAACGGAGGCGGCUACCACAACGGAGGAGGCGGUUACAACAACGGAGGCGGCUACCACAACGGAGGAGGCGGUUACAACAACGGAGGAGGCUACCACAACGGAGGUGGCGGCUACAACAACGGAGGAGGCUACCACAACGGAGGAGGAGGUUACAACAACGGAGGAGGCCACCACAACGGAGGAGGAGGUUACAACAACGGAGGAGGCCAUCACGGCGGAUCAUGCUACCACUACUGCCACGGAAGGUGUUGCUCUGCAGCUGAAGCAAAAGCACUUGAGGCCACAACUGCUCAAGUUAAGCCACAGAACUAGAGAGCUGCAUGCAGCUUACUUGUAUAUAAUACUACUAUUCGCUACUUCUUUGGUAUAAUUGGUUGUAGCAGUAGUAUUAUUAAAUAAAAUGCAUGUCCGAUCGGAUCGAUAAAUGUCACUUUAACCAUGACAUUUUGAUUUUCGGUUGUCAUGCUCAGCGGUGUAUGUACGUAAUUUCCCAUAAUAUUGGACGUGUUUGAUGUUUUCUGUGAA